CGGAAUCAGCAGAAUUAAAAGUCCAGGAACAAGUGCAAACGAAAAAUCAACCAGAAAAAUCAACAAAUGGAAUUAUUACAGGAUACGACAGUGAAAUCGAGACAUUUCUGAUGUCUUCGGAUAUUUCACAUAUUAUUAUUCCUGAUUGUAAUCUACAGCAGUUUGAAAAAAUUGCAUCUGCGAAUCCUCGCCCUCUUCGAAUGAAUCUUAUUGAGGGACUUCUUGAAAUAAUGCCAGAAUCAGAAAUUAUUCGUCAAGUUGCUAACUGGAAAAAUGCAAACAAGAACCUGGUUGGACGCUGUACUUCUUCGCAG